AUGAGCGCAGAAAUAAACGAGAUCAUCCGCGUGCUGCAGCUGACUUCCUGGGACGAGGACGCCUGGGCCAACAAGCUAUCCAUGUCCUACCCUUCCCAUGCAGUAGGUUUGGUGGACGAGGCCAUUGAUACAAAGUCGUUGCUGGACGCUUCAGAGGAGGCCAUCAAGAAGGACCUGGACAAGUGCCGUGUUGCCAUGGCUAACAGCCAGCCUCAAAUGCUCGUCGCCGGGGCAACCAGCAUCGCUCGCCGCGCCAAUCGCAUCCUCUUGGUUGCCAAGCGUGAGGUGGAAAACUCUGAAGACCCAAAGUUCAGAGAAAUGGUGGCAGCGGCGCGGGACGAGCUGAGUCAGACCAUCUCCCCCAUGGUGAUGGACGCCAAGGCUGUGGCCGGCAACAUCCACGACCCCAUGCUGCAGAAGGACUUCCUGGAUUCUGGGUUCAGGAUCCUGGGAGCUGUGGCCAAAGUGAGAGAAGUGUUCCAGCCGCAGGAGCCAGACUUCCCCCCUCCUCCCCCUCCUCCCCCAGAGAUCGACCAGCUCAGCCUGAACGACGACCUGGCACCCCCGAAGCCCCCGCUGCCGGAGGGUGAGGUGCCUCCCCCCAGACCUCCCCCUCCAGAGGAGAAGGACGAGGAGUUCCCCGAACAGCAGGCCGGGGACAUGGUGAACGAGCCCAUGAUGGUGGCAGCGCGGCAGCUCCACGACGAGGCCCGCAAGUGGUCCAGCAAGGGAAACGACAUCAUCGGCGCGGCGAAGCGUAUGGCUCUGCUGAUGGCAGAAAUGUCGCGUCUGGUGCGCGGUGGCAGCGGAAACAAGCGCGCCCUCAUCCAGUGCGCCAAAGACAUCGCCAAAGCGUCCGACGAGGUCACGCGGCUCGCCAAAGAGGUGGCCAAGCAGUGCACGGACAAACGCAUACGCACCAACCUCCUACAGGUGUGUGAGCGUAUUCCCACCAUCAGCACGCAGCUCAAAAUCCUGUCCACCGUCAAAGCCACAAUGUUGGGACGAACCAACAUCAGCGAAGAGGAGUCAGAACAGGCCACCGAGAUGCUGGUGCACAACGCCCAGAACUUGAUGCAAUCCGUGAAGGAGACGGUGCGAGAGGCUGAAGCAGCUUCCAUCAAGAUCCGAACAGACGCCGGCUUCACUCUGCACUGGGUCCGAAAAACGCCCUGUGACUGGACACCGUUUUUUUCUGCCUUCGCUGCUGAUUCCCGCAUCAUGUCGGACGAAGGAUCAAACGUGUCCAUAGGGAAAAGCUUCGCGUUGACCGAGAACACUCUGUUUGGAAUGGGAAACCCUCUUCUGGACAUCUCUGCCGUUGUGGACAAAGACUUCCUUGACAAGUAUGGACUGAAGCCGAAUGACCAGAUCCUGGCGGAGAACCACCACAAAGCACUGUUUGAUGAGAUCGUGCAGAGGAACAAAGUGGAGUACCAUGCGGGAGGUUCCACACAGAACUCUGUGAAGAUCGCUCAGUGGAUGAUCCAGAACCCUCACAAAGUGGCCACGUUCUUCGGCUGCAUCGGGGUGGAUCAGUUCGGGCAGAUCCUGAAGCAGAAGGCGGAGGAGGCUCACGUGGACGCACACUACUACGAGCAGAGCCAGGAGCCCACAGGGACCUGCGCCGCCUGCAUCACCGGCGACAACAGGUCCCUUGUCGCUAACCUGGCAGCCGCGAACUGCUACAAAAAGGAAAAACACCUGGACUUGGACGGCAACUGGGAGCUGGUGAAGAAAGCCAAGGUCUAUUAUAUCGCGGGUUUCUUCCUGACCGUCUCCCCGGAAUCCAUCCUCAAAGUGGCCAAGCACGCCUCCGAGAACAACAAGAUCUUCGGCCUGAACCUGUCGGCGCCCUUCAUCAGCCAGUUCUUCAAGGAGCCUCUGAUGCAGGUGCUGCCGUACGUGGACAUCCUGUUUGGAAACGAGACGGAAGCUGCUACUUUCGCCAGUGUCCUGGGUUUUGGGACGGAGGACAUCGCCGAAAUUGCCAAAAAGGCCCAGAAUUUGCCAAAGGAGAACGCGAAGAGGCAGCGGAUAGUGGUCUUCACGCAGGGGAAGGAUGACACUGUUGCUACUGUGGGAGACAAAGUGACCAUGUUCCCGGUGCUGGACAUCGACCAGAACGACAUCGUGGACACAAACGGAGCUGGAGAUGCUUUUGUUGGAGGAUUCCUGUCGGCGCAGGUCCAGGAGCAGCCUCUGGAGGAGUGCAUUCGCGCCGGACACUACGCCGCCAACGUCAUCAUCAGACGAGUCGGCUGCACCUUCCCCGAAAAACCCAACUACCAAUGA